AUGCAUCUUCCAGAGCAAUUCCCCGGAGCAGAGGUCCUCCAUCGACUGCCGACGACGCCGUCCCCGACCGAACCAUUCGAACCGUACGCCGAGGAGGUUGUCGACCUGCUGAUGCAACUGGUCCGAACGGACAACGAAGAGAACGCGACAUUAUGUGUCAAGAUCAUUUCGGAUGUCAUGCGACAUCAGCACAAGGUCCUGGGAAGCAAGGUUCAGGCCUUCCUCAGCCUGAUCCAGGAGCUCUUCGAGCAGAUGGAGAAAGUCGUGCGCGAGCAGCUGGACAACACAUCCCUUUCGACGACAUCGAAUUCGGUCGCCCCCUCAACGCCAGGCAGCUCCCAGACGAACUUCCAGUCGCCUCGUCCCGGUUCGCCCGUUGCUUCGGUGACUGACCUCGGACCGGAUCCCCAGCAACAGAACAGACUUCUCCUGAAGGGGAUGCAGUCCUUCAAAGUCUUAUCAGAAUGCCCUAUCAUCGUGGUCUCCGUCUUCCAGGUCUACAGGAACACAGUAGCUGCCAAUGUCAAGGCUUUCGUUCCUCUUAUCAAGGGGUUCCUCUGCCUCCAGGCAAGUGCGCAGAAGCAGGCCCAUGCUGAUGCCAAGGCCAGAGGACAAAUCUUCACAGGAGUGAGCCCGUUGAUCAAGAAUCGUGCUGCCUUUGGGGAGUUUAUCACGGCCCAGGUCAAGACAAUGAGCUUCUUGGCUUACCUGCUGCGCCAGUACUCGCAGCAGCUGACCGAUUUCCUGCCGACGCUCCCUGAGAUCGUAGUGCGGCUAUUGCAGGACUGCCCCAGAGAAAAGUCCAGCGCUCGAAAGGAGCUACUUGUUGCGAUAAGACACAUCAUCAACUUCAACUUUCGCAAGAUAUUCCUUCCCAAGAUCGAUGAGCUCCUGGACGAGAAGACACUGAUCGGGGACGGACUGACCGUGUAUGAGACGAUGCGACCGUUGGCAUACAGCAUGCUUGCCGACCUCAUCCACCACGUUCGCGAGAGCCUCACGCCAGAGCAGAUUCGCAAGACGGUCGAGGUCUACACGAAAAACCUCCAGGACAACUUCCCAGGAACGAGCUUUCAGACUAUGAGUGCGAAACUCCUCCUUAAUAUGGCGGAAUGCAUUGCGAAGAUGUCUAACAAGGUUGACGCGCGGCACUAUCUCAUUAUGAUUCUCAACGCGAUCGGCGACAAAUUCGUGGCCAUGAACCGACAAUACCCCAACGCAGUGAAACUCUCAAGAAUCUACGCCCAACAAGCCGCUGAUGGAACCCUGGACAGCUAUCUUGCGGACAAGGAUCAACCCCCUGACUGGGACGAGACGGAUAUCUUCACUGCCAUGCCGAUCAAGACGUCAAACCCAAGGGACAGAGGAGCGGAUCCCGUCGCGGACAACAAGUUCUUGUUCAAGAAUUUGAUGAACGGACUCAAGAAUACCUUCUACCAGCUGAGAACGUGCAAUGUCAACAACAUCAUCGAUGUGCAAAACGCUCCGGCACACUGGCAGGAUGUUGCCUAUGGUUUCACUGCGGAGGAGGUCAACGUCGUGGUGAAGCUUUUCCGAGAGGGCGCGUACGUGUUUCGCUACUACGAAAUCGAGAAGCCUGCCACCGAGUCGCAGUACAUGUCUCCUGUGGAGUACAUGGCCAAUUUCUACAUGGUGUCGAGCAGCAAGGAGGAGAAGGAUCUCCUCGAGACGUUUGCCACCGUCUUCCACUGCAUCGACCCGGCGACUUUCCAUGAAGUCUUCCAGCAGGAGAUCCCUCACCUGUAUGACAUGAUCUUCGAGCACACCGCCUUGCUUCACAUCCCACAGUUCUUCCUCGCCAGUGAAGCCACCUCACCUAGCUUUUGCGGUAUGCUCCUGCGCUUUUUAAUGGAGAGGAUCGACCAGGUCGGUUCGGCGGAUGUGAAGAAGUCGUCGAUUCUUUUAAGGCUCUUCAAGUUGGCCUUCAUGGCGGUCACGCUUUUCGCAAACCAAAACGAACAGGUGUUGCUUCCUCACGUUGUCGAUAUCGUCACCAAGUCGAUUGAACUGUCGACCAAGGCCGAGGAGCCCAUGAACUACUUCCUGCUGUUACGAUCUCUGUUCAGAAGCAUCGGUGGCGGCAAAUUUGAGCAUCUUUACAAGCAGAUUCUUCCCCUGCUCGAGAUGUUGCUAGACGUCCUCAACAACCUGCUCAUGGCAGCAAGGAAGCCUGCCGAGCGAGAUCUCUACGUAGAGCUGUGUUUGACGGUACCAGCGCGACUUAGCAAUCUGCUACCACAUCUGAGCUUCCUCAUGCGGCCCUUGGUUGUCGCUCUGCGAGCCGGCACAGAUCUUGUUGGCCAAGGUCUGCGAACUCUUGAACUGUGUGUCGAUAACCUCACGGCGGAUUAUCUCGAUCCUAUCAUGGCUCCGGUUAUUGACGAGCUGAUGACGGCGCUGUUCGACCACCUCAAGCCACAUCCCUACAGCCACUUCCAUGCUCACACCACGAUGCGCAUUCUGGGUAAGCUUGGAGGCCGAAAUCGGAAGUUCAUGACCGAUGCCCAACCUCUCACGUACAAGGAGUACGCCGACGAUCCGACCAGCUUUGAUCUCCGCCUCAUUGGUUCGAAGAAGGACAGAGCUUUCCCGGCAGAGACGGGCGUUGAUCUAGCCAUCAGGAAGCUCAUGGAGCAACCCAAAGGCAGCAAGGGCAACCAAUCCCGGCAGUACGACGGGUACUACAAGAAGCAGUCAUUUCACUUCAUCAAGGCCCAGCUCAAGAUGCGGAUCGGUUUUGAGAGCUUGCCCGAAGACUUGCCCAGGCUCUUGCGUCUGCAGGCCCAGGACCUCAUCAGCAGGAAGAUUGACUUCGACUUUUCCGCAUUUGAAACAUCUGACAAGGAGCGAUCCAUUCCCAAGAAAGACGAGCAGGAUGAUCUCGUUCGGCGUUUGUUGAAGGCAGUCAUGUUUGCCGAAUCCCUGCCAGAGUUCAAGGAAGACGCGCAGGCGUUCCUCAUGAAUCUCUGCAAACACUUCACGAUCAUCGAGGUCGGCCGGGCACUGAUCGACGUCAAGCGAGUCUACAACCCAUUUGACCCCAACGCCGGAGAAGGUCCGCUCUUCAUUGAUACCCGCGUGCUGUCCGAUGCCAUAGUAGAAUCGUUGGCUUCGGAUCAUCCAGAGGUUCGAGAGUCUGCGCAGCGCGCCAUCCGCGAGGUGUACGACUCGGCCGCUACAAUAUUCGGAUCUCAGCAGAACGUUGCCAGGUUGCCGUUCUUUAACAACCUGAGCGCGACCUUCUGCCAUGGUUGCUACGAAGAGGAGUGGUUCACCAAGACAGGUGGCUCGCUGGGCAUCAACUUCCUGCUUACUGAGCUGGACUUGGGCGACCAGUGGGUCACGAGCAAGCAGAUUGAGUUCAUUCGAUCGCUCAUGUACGUCAUCAAGGACAUGCCCCAGGACCUACCGGAAAAGACGAGAAGAUCUGCUCAGGUCACGCUCGAGACUUUGCUGCAGAGGAUCACGAAGAACAUCAAGAAGGAGGAUGCCAUGCCGCAACAAAACCCGGGUCAACCGCCGCAACAAAGGUCUCGCCUCGCCCAGAUCUGCAUGCAGUUCAACACGGAACUGGCACACAUGAACCGACACGUUCGCGAGACUGCCAAGCGAUCCCUUGAGCUCAUUGCCAAGGCGGCGAACUGCGCGGUCUGGGAGUUGAUCGAACCCUACAAGGAACGAUUCCUUCAGCCCAUCUACUCCAAGCCUCUUCGCGCAUUGCCGUUCCCUAUCCAGAUCGGCUACAUUGACGCGAUGACCUACCACAUGACCCUGAGAAAGGAAUGGGUUACGUUCGACGACAACUUGACCAGAUUGCUUAUGGAGUCUUUGGCUUUGGCCGACGCAAGCGACGAGUCUCUGGCCAACAAGCCUGGAGAGUUCAGGACGCACGAGUACAUUGUCAACUUGCGGGUAGCCUGUAUCAACAUCCUGAGCACUGCCACGAGCUUCGAGGAGUUUGCUCCGCUCAAGCAAGGCAGCAAUCCCACUCGCUCCAAGAUUGUCUCGGUCUUCUUCAAGUGCCUGUACUCGGACUCGAAGGCCACCAUCGACGCGGCCAACAGCGCGCUCAAGAACACUUUGGAGGCCCACCAGAAACUUCCUAAGGAUCUUUUGCAGGGAGGCCUCAGGCCGGUGCUUGCCAGCCUACAAGAUCCCAAGAAGCUCACCACCCACGGCCUGGACAACCUAGGUCGGCUCCUGAAAUUGCUCACCACGUACUUCAAGGUCGAGAUCGGAGCGCGUCUGCUCGACCACGUGAAGGUUCUCGCUGAUCCCACCGUCCUUCAACAGCUCUCUUUUACCUUCUUUGAGCAGCACUCUCAGAUGAAGGUCGUUGCCGCGGUCUUCAACAUCUUCCACCUUUUGCCCCCACAAGCAGAGGGGUUCAAACAACGUCUCAUCGACCUGGCUCUGGAGCUGGAGGAGAAGCUGCGCCGGACCCACGAGAGUCCCUUCCGCGCGCCCCUGUACAAGUUUAUCAACCGGUAUCCCAACGAGGUCUGGAACUUCCUCUUGCCGAAGCUCGAGGACCUCAAGUACGGACGUUUCUUGUCCCAGGUCAUCCGCAAUCCCGAGAGCGGCACUCUCAGAGAGACGGUGUCCUCCAACGUCCAGGCUUUGAUCGACUUCUGCAACAACGUCAUCUCGCAAAACAAGGACACCAAGUUCGUCGUCGUCGUCAAUGCCGUCCACAUUCUGCACUCCCUCACCGUGUCGCCCGGGACUGACAAGUGGCUGGAGAAGAAGGAGCAUCUGAACUGGCUGAAGCAGGUCGGCAGGGAGUUGGAAAAGCAAAUGCGAGCUCAUACGCUGGCGCCAAACCUCAGACUCCCGGCAUGCCAGGCGUCGGACCAGCUGAUGUCCAUCUUUAUCAAAUCCUUGGAACGCAACCCCAGAGAUUUGGAGUCUCUCUUCAACCUGGUGGACUCGGUCACGACAGACGACUUCCGCGCUUCGCAGCCUCUGAUCGCUUACCUCUACAAGAAUGUGAUCAGUAGCGACUCGCCUGAGUUCUGGAAGGCAACGGUCCUCAGAUGUCUCGACGCCUACCCCCAGAAGAACGUCUCCCAGAAGAUGAAGUGCUUCUUGUUGCACUACAUUGUCAACCCGAUCAUUGCUAUGGACGUCCAGAGACACUGGAACCAACCGCCACAGACCAAGGGCCGCUUCAUGGACAAGACCAUCAUUGAUGCCGUCACAGCAAAGAUCUGGAAGACGCACCAGGAUACCAGUCAGCACGACAAUGACGAUCUCACGCAGCCUGGCAUCGACCACACCAAGUUUGAGGUCCUCCAGCUGUCGGCCAUGCUUGUCAAGUACCACUCCGUCAUAUUCCAGGAGGCCAGAAAAGACAUCAUUAAGAGCUGCUGGACCUUUAUCCGACUGGACGAUGUCAUCAACAAGCAUGCUGCUUACGUCGUCAUCGCGUACUUCAUCGCCCUGUAUGAGACGCCCGUCAAGAUCGUCACCCAGGUGUACCUGUCGCUUCUCAGGACCAACCAGAAUGAGGGGCGGGCGUUGGUUACUCAGGCUCUGGAGCUGGUGGCCCCCGUCCUGCCCAAGCGCUUGGGUACGCAACCGAACGAUCGGAACGCCGGGUGGGCGCUGGCUCCUCGGAAGAUCCUCGCCGACGAGGGCCAGAACAUACAGCAGAUGACUAGUAUCUUCCAUUUCUUGGUCAGACAUCCGGAGUUGUUCUACGAGUCGAGGGAUAAGUACACUAUGCUCAUCAUCUCGUCCUUGAGGAAGGUUGCUGCGCCGCCCAACCCUUCCAACGAGUCCAAGAAGCUUGCGCUUAACAUGAUGUGGCUCAUCUGGCUUUGGGAACAGCGCCGCGUCGAGGGCAAGGGAGAUGCCGUCUCUCGUUCCAUCUCCGAGUCUCCGACUUCCAGGAAGCGGAAGCUGGACAGCGACCAGCCAAUGUCGUCUCCUCCUUCUGCCAGACAAAAUCCGGAACGGGCAGAGUACCUCAUCCCGUCAAUCGGCCGACAGAAAAUGAUUAAGUAUCUGGUCGAGUUCAUCGCACAGCUUAACGAGCGGUACCAGCUUCCGUCUACGCGAGCAAGGGAUUCUGUUUCCACCAACGGCCCGAGCAUGCCCCCCGCGACCACCGAGAUGUGCAAGAAGGCCAUGAGUCUGUUCUACAACCUUGUUCAACCCCAGUACUGGGGCGAUCUGGAUGUUGAUCUCUUCCCCAAUGUCACGGAUGUUGUUCUGGCCAGCGACAAGACCCAGAAUAUUCUCUCUGCCGAUCCCUCAGACAAGGAAAAGUUUGACGAGAAGUUCAUUACAAACAUCAUCAACACUCUUCAGGUCGUUCGCAUCAUUUUGAACUUUAAGCCCGAUGAAUGGAUUGCAAAGAACAUGCCAUCGGUCCAGAAGGUCCUGGACAAGUGUCUCAAGAGCGAGAACCCCGAGCUGCAGGAUUGUCUGCACCUUGCCGACAAGAAGUUCGACGACGGGCGCGACCUGAAGUCGAUCAUCCAAAGAGUCCUUGAUGCUGUUCCGGAGGACAUCCCGAUGGAAGACGCCGACGCUGAGGGCGAGACCGAGUCACAGAACUCGGAAAUCGUCAACUCCUUGUCGUCAAUCGCCGGGGAAGCCAUGGCGGCCAACAACUACGGAUCUGGAGUCAACAUCUUGUGGUCGUUGGGCAACCGCAAACCCAGUGUCAUCGACCAGCACAUUCCUGUUCUGAUGAAGGCUCUCCAGAGCAAACUGGCGCGAGAGCAUGUGCAGCAUUACACCGCUGUCGCGAACCAGGCUGGGAUGCCUCCUCGUACCCAGGACGCGAACACGCCCACGGGAGAGAUGUCCACCUACGACCUUGAGGUAUCGACGGCGCUCAUGCUCAAGGCCAUCCAGGUCGUUGCGCUGCGAAUGGAGGUGCUGGGCGACAACCGGCGCCCGUUCCUUAGCGUUCUGGCGACGCUCGUUGAGAAGUCGAUGCACAUCCCACUCUGCGAGGAAAUCCUCAACAUGGUGGAGGGUUGGGUCUUCCGUUCUGAAGGCACAUGGCCCACGCUGAAGGAGAAGACGGCCGUUCUCCACAAGAUGCUAUCAUUUGAGCAUCGACAGGACUCGACGAUGUUGACCAAGUUCCUCGAGCUGGUAAUCCGCAUCUAUGAGGACCCCAAGAUCACCCGGACGGAGUUGACUGUUCGCAUGGAGCAUGCGUUCCUGAUCGGCACACGUGCCCAGGAUGUUGAUAUGCGCAAUCGCUUCAUGGCCAUCUUUGACAAGAGUCUCUCGAAAACUGCCAGCGCCCGUCUCGCCUAUGUCCUCACCUCUCAGAACUGGGACACCUUGGCCGACAGCUACUGGCUGGCUCAAGCUUCUCAGCUUCUCCUCGGCGCGGUCGAGCUGAACAAUCCUAUUCAGCUGCACCACGAAGAUUUCAAGACAUUGCCGCUCACCCAGCUCUUCUCGAUCCACGCCAAGGACAGCAGGGAGCCUGCCAACAUGGCGGACGACAAAUUUGACGCCUUGAUGGCCGCCCACCGACGAUUCAUGAGCGAGUUGGGUGAGGUCAAGGUUCGGGACCUUGUCGAGCCUCUGAUCCAACUCCAGCACGUCGACUCGACGCUGGCCCAUCAGCUCUGGGUUGCGCUGUUCCCCAUCUACUGGUCUGCAACGAUGAAGGAGGAACGUCACGAUCUCGAGCGAGGCAUGGUUGCUCUCCUGACCAAGGAUUACCACAGCCGCCAGAUCGACAAGCGACCCAACGUCGUCCAGUCCCUGCUUGAGGGUGCGGCCAAGGCCUGGCCCGAGUGUAAAAUUCCGCCGCAUGUGCUCAAGUAUGAGGCAAAGACGUACGACGCGUGGUACACAGCGCUUGUGCAGCUCGAGAACGCGGCCAUCAAGCCGGAGAUCGAGUCGGCGGUCGUUCGUGAAAGCAACCUCGAUGCCCUUGUCGAGCUGUAUGCCUCUCUCCAGGAAGACGAUCUGUUCUACGGCACCUGGCGCCGACGAUGCCAGUUUGUGGAGACAAACGCCGCCUUGUCGUACGAGCAGAAUGGAAUGUGGGACAAGGCCCAAAAGAUGUACGAAGCCGCCCAGAUCAAAGCUCGAACCGGCGUCAUCCCCUUUUCCCAAGCAGAGUAUGUUCUCUGGGAAGACCAUUGGGUUUUGUGCGCACAGAAGCUGCAGCAGUGGGAGAUUCUACAAGACUUUGCUAAGCACGAGAACUUCCAGGACCUGCUCCUGGAGUGCGCUUGGAGAAACAACACGGAAAUGUGGCAGACGCAAGAGCAUCGCGAUGCAUUGGACAACCUCAUCAAAGGGGUUAUGGACGCCCCGACGCCCCGUCGCGCCUUCUUCCAAGCCUUCAUGUCGCUCCUCAAGUUCUACAACAAGCAAGAGACGCCGCAGGACUUUGCCAAGUCGUGCGACGAGGCCAUCCAACUGUCGAUUAGGAAGUGGCAUCAGUUGCCCAAGCAGCUGACCAAGGCACACAUCCCUCUGCUUCAGAACUUCCAGCAGCUGGUCGAGCUGCAUGACGCAAGCGUCAUCUGCAACAGUCUGGCCAGCACCAACCAGUCCAAUCUGGACGUCAAGUCCGGCGAGCUGAAGCUGCUGCUCGGCGCUUGGCGCGACCGUCUGCCCAACGUCUGGGAUGAUAUCACCGCCUGGCAGGACCUGGUUACCUGGCGUCAGCACAUCUUUGGCCUCAUCAACCAGACCUACCUCCAGCUGCUGCCCCAGGGGGGUGGACAAAACGCCAGCGGCGCCUCGUUCGCCUACCGCGGAUACCACGAGACUGCUUGGAUCAUCAAUCGAUUCGCACACGUCGCCCGCAAGCAUAGCCUCCCGGAGGUGUGCAUUACCCAGCUGAGCAGGAUUUACACCCUGCCCAACAUCGAGAUCCAGGAGGCCUUCCUCAAGUUGCGAGAACAGGCCAAGUGCCACUACGAGAACCCCGAGGAGCUUACGAGCGGAUUGGACGUGAUCAACAACACGAACCUCAACUACUUCAACCCGCCUCAGAAGGCGGAGUUCUACACCCUGAAGGGCAUGUUCCUCGAAAAGCUUAAGCAGAAGGAAGAGGCAGACUCGGCCUACGGCACGGCCUUGUACUUCGAUAUCACCGCGGCCAAGGCCUGGGCCGAAUGGGGCUACUUUAACGAGCGCAAGUACAAAGAGGACCCGACUGAUAUCAACUCGGCCCGCCAGGCGCUCACGUCGUAUCUGCAAGCCGCCGGCAGCUACAAGAACGCCAAGUCGCGCAAGCUCAUUGCUCGUAUCUUGUGGCUGCUCAGCCUGGAUGAUGCCAACGGUUCCAUCGCGGCCGGCUUCGACGACUUCAAGGGCGAAACCCCCGUUUGGUACUGGAUCACCUACAUUCCUCAGCUCAUCACCGGCCUCGGUCAUAAGGAAGCCCCCAGAGUCCACCAGAUCCUGGUCAAGAUUGCGAGAUCGUACCCGCAAGCCCUGUAUUUCCAGCUGCGCACCAACAGGGAAGACAUGCUGGUCAUCAAGAAGAACCAAGAGGCCAAGGAGAAGGCGCGCCAGCGCGCUCAGUCAACCGUGUCUAACGGCAAGCCGAGCGCAUCGCCCCAACAACCCAAGCAAGACGGUAUCGUGAAGCCGGAUGCCUCGGGCUCAAGACCCGGUACUGCAGGCGGCGGCGGCGGCGGCGGCGACGCGAACGCUCCUGUUAAGACCGAGGGCAACGACGCGAACGGCACCCCUGCUCCGCAGGCCAACGGCACUGGCGACCAGUCGAGCGCCGGCCAGAAGAAGCCACCAUGGGAGCUCACCGAGGAAAUCAUGAGCGCUCUCAAGACUGCUUUCCCUCUUCUUGCGCUGUCGAUGGAGACCAUGGUGGACCAGAUCCAGAAACACUUCAAGUGUCCGCCCGACGAGGAUGCGUACCGUCUCAUCGUCGCGCUGCUCAACGAUGCGCUGGCGUACGUCAGCCGCAUGCCUUCUUCGUUCGCCAAAGACGUGAAGCUUCCCUCGGCUACCGAGACCAACAUCACGCGCUUCGCCGAGACGAUUCUUCCCGCCCACAUCAAGAAGUCGUUCGAGGCCGACUUUGUCGACGUCAAGCCGACGAUGUACGAGUACAUCCACAAGCUGAGACGCUGGCGCAACAAGUUCGAGGAGAAGCUCGAUCGCCGCACCACGCGGGUUUCGCUCGAGGCCUUCUCUCCUCACCUCUCUGAAUUCCGGUACCAGCGUUUCGACGAUGUCGAGGUCCCCGGGCAAUACCUGCAGCACAAGGACAAGAACCAGGACUUCAUCCGCAUAGAACGUUUCCUGCCGAACGUUGACCUUGUGCGGUCGAUCAGCGCCUCGUACCGUCGUCUCCAGAUGCGCGGCCACGACGGAAGCAUCCACUCGUGGGCCGUGCAACACCCGGCUGCGAGACACUGCCGCCGCGAAGAGCGUAUCCUGCAGCUGUUCAGACAACUGAACCAGACAUUGGGCCGGAGAAAGGAGAGCCGCCGCCGAGAUCUCCAGUUUACUCUGCCGUUGAUGGUGCCCCUGGCGCCUCACAUCCGCAUCGUGCAGGAGGACACGUCGUACAUCACCCUCCAGAGCGUGUACGAGGACCACUGCCGCCGCCACGGCAUGUCCAAGGACGAUCCUGUGCUGUUCACGAUGGAGAAGUUGCGCGGCGUUCUCGACACGAAGAACUCGGUAAGUAGUGCCGUCGUAACGGAGCAAAAGACAGAACCUAACGAUUCGCCGCAGAAGCAUGCCGAGCAGAGCGCGACGGCUCGGCUUGAGGUGUUCCACGCCAUCCAGGAGAAGUGGGUGCCGCAGAACCUGGCGCUGGACUACUUCCAGCGGGCUUUCCCCGACUUUACCGAGUUCUGGCUGUUCCGUAGACAGUUCUCGUACCAGCUGGCGUCGCUCACGUUUAUGACGUACAUCCUCUACAUGCACAACCGGUACCCGCAAAAGAUCAACAUUGCGCGCGGAUCCGGGAACAUCUGGGGAUCGGAGCUGAUGGCGUACAUGAGCGCCGCUAAGCCCUUCUUCCAUAACCCGGAACCAGUGCCCUUCCGGCUUACGCCCAACCUCCAGACGCUGAUGGGACCGUUGGCGACCGAGGGCAUCUUCAGCUGCGCGCUCAUGGCGAUCGCGCGAUGCCUCACGGAGCCCGAGUACGAGCUGGAGCACGCGCUCACGCUCUUCGUGCGCGACGAGAUGAUUUUCUGGUUCACGAGUUCGCACAGGGCGGUCCAGAUGACGGAGAACCAGCUGCGCGAGUCGGUGCAGGUGAACAGCGAUUCGGUAGUCAAGCGUGCCGUCAGCUUGGCACAGAGCCCCGUCGGCAACCUGCCGGCCAACCAGACGGUUAUUGACCUGGUUGCGAAGGCUGUGAACCCCAUGAACUUGGCCCAGUGCGAUGCGCUCUGGAUGCCAUACUUGUAA